AUGAAGACUACAUCUCUUCUUUUCGCGGCUGUGCCUGGUGCACUCGCCCUUGAAAUCCCUUCCAACGUUAAGACCUUUUACGACAGCCUAAAGGCCAAAGGAAAAUGCGACAAGGCCCUCGCUACGGGUUUCUACAACUCCCAGUUCGAGAAGGGAGACAUGUCCUACUGUGGCGACCACCUCGAUGACUACGGGGUCGUCUACCUCCAGGGCCCUGGAAAAUUCAGCAACAUGGACGUUGACUGCGAUGGCGCCCCCAACAUGUCCAACGGCGAUACUCGCUGCGAGGGCGGCGCUGGCACCACGGUUUACGCGACCGCCAUCCAGCCCAUCAUCGCGGGCUACAACAUCGGCAUCAACGACAUCAACACCUUCGACCACAGCUUCGUCGUGUUUGGAAACACGGGCCAGCCGGACGGGAGGCCGACCUUUGACCCUCGCACCUACGGCGUCAAUAAGGCCAGUGUGAUGGCUGUCGUUUGCGGCGACAAGAUGUUCUAUGGCGUUUGGGGCGACACCAACGGCCCGGGCGAUCGACCCAGUGUAGGCGAGGUCUCCCUCUCUCUGGCCACAGCCUGCUACGGACAGAGCAUGAGCGGCGGCAGCGAGACCGGCUCCAGCCACGACGACCCUGACGUUCUCUACAUCGCCUUUACAGGGACUGACGCCGUUCCGGGAGCCACCGGUGCCGAUUGGACGGCCGACAACUUCGACGACUUCCACAAGAGCAUCGUCAGUCUUGGUGACAAGCUCGUCAAGCGGAUUGGAGGUAACAAUACCGGUGACGGGGAUGACAACACCUGCACUUGGGUUGGCCACUGCUUGGGGGCAUCAUGUGCGACGGCGCAAGACUGCUCCGACGACUUCAUUUGCACCGAUGGAAAGUGUGCCACCAAGUCGACCUAA